AACUUCAAUCAUACCAUACCAAACCUCGCUUGCUCCCUCUCUCUCUCUCUCUCCCUCUCAAUCAAUGGAAUCAACAACUGUGGAGACCAGCGACGGAGUAAAGCUCCACGUUCUCCUCUUCAAUCCCCAAAGCGAUGUCGAUGAUCCCAAGCCCAACACAGUCAUCGUCAUGGUGCACCCCUUCACUCUCCUGGGUGGGUCCCAGGGGCUCCUCAGGGGAACCGCCAUGGGAUUAGCAGAGAGAGGCUUCAAAGCUGUCACCUUUGACACCAGAGGGGCAGGCCGAUCCUCCGGCAGAGCCUCCCUCACCGGGUUCUCGGAGGUCCAGGACGUGAUUGCUGUUUGCAAGUGGGUCAAGGAGAAUUUGAACCCCGCUGGGGUUGUGCUCGUGGGUUCUUCCGCAGGUAAAAAUAACUUUAUUCACACUGCGAAAUUCAUUAAGGACAUGCCUUAUAUGGAUAUUAGACUUCAGCUGAUUCAUGCUCAUUUGAGUGCUCUAUUUGGUCAAGGUUUCAGUUUCUAUCAGAAAACUAGUGAUUUUCUUAAUCUCCUUGAGCGAAGCAAUUUUUCUACAAUAUUUGAAAUUGAAGGUUUGCGAGGAUGGGUGGGAUCUUAUUGGGCAUGUUGGCAAAUAUUCGUUCCAACAUACUGGUUCAAACAUUUGUGUCCAAAUAUUCGUUUUACGCACUCGACCACAAUGGGAAGAAAGACUGGUCAGUGCCAGAAAACUAUGACCAUCGUGCUUGCCUUCUUUUAUAACUUGCGAAUGUUUUGGGCACGGCGCACCAAUUGCCAGGUUCGAUUGCAGUUGAUAAAAUUAGAUGACGUUGUGGGCUAUGUGAGCUUGGGGUACCCAUUCGGGCUAACAGCAUCCAUCCUUUUCGGGCGACAUCAUGAAGCCAUUUUAAAGUCGACGAAGCCAAAGCUCUUUGUCAUGGGGACAAAAGAUGUGUUCACCAGCGUAAAACAGUUUAAGAACAAGCUCAAAUCUGCAUCUGGCCGUGUUGAAACCCAUCUCCUUGAAGGAACGACUCACUUUCAAAUGGAAGGGCCUGCUUAUGAUGCCAAAAUGGCUGAUCUUAUUACCACUUUCGUUCAAUCAUUGCAAGGAUAGAAAAAAAAGGCUGCUAUCAAUGUUACAUUUCCUCUAAUGUUUGUCUCUAUAUGUUGUACCGAUACAAAUUUAACAUUUCCUUGGUUGCGCAAGUCUGUUUGUUUACAACAAUUGAAUUCUACACACGCACUAUCUGUUGACUGAAUAA